AUGGCUACAGGCAAGCAGGGGUCAGACGCCAGCAGCCAGUCUGUGAGGACCGGCUUCAUCGGGGGUGAGGUCCUCCUGCCCUGCGUCUACUCUGAAAAGCUGCCCAAGGAGGUCAACGCCUUCUGGAGGGACAAGGAUGACAAAGUUGUGUUGGACAUCUUCAACGGCAGAGAGGAUAAAAUGGAUCCAAAGUUCAAAAGUCGCGUGUUCAGCUUCCCAAACCAAUACGAGACUGGAAACUUCUCCAUCCUCAUAAAGGACCUGAGGGCAGACGACGCUGGCCCGUAUGACUGCGACAUCCCCAAAGUGGGCUAUCAGACCAAGAUGACUCUGAAAGUCACAGAGAAGCCUGCCGUUAAAAUAACCACUCCACGUCCUUUGCCUCCUGUGACUGCUUUGCCUCGGGGUGCAGCGGUAACCUCCUCCCUGCAGCACCUGACUCUCCUCUGUCCUGCUCUGUUUGUGCUUUUCUUCUCUUGAAAGUAGGCACAGACUUGAGUUAAAGUUGGGUUUAGCUUUAAUCAAAAACUAGAUUAUACCUUAAAAAUAACAAAGUAAAACCCUUCUUUUCCAUAUUUGCUCUAAACCUGGUAAAAGUAUGAUGGAGCUGCUUUGAAUUAUUGACAUCCAUACAUCUAUCGUCAUUAUAUACAGCUAUCGUCUUAACAUUUCAUCCUUCAGCUCAGACGACUGAAAAAUGCCUCUUCUGCCCUGAGGCAUUUCUUAUUAGUCUGUUCAGUGUGCUGAUGUAACUCAUCCUCCAAUCAGGUGACAGAAAAAUGUAAAAACUAAACCUCAGCUCGAAACCACCUGCGACUGUUACACUCUGACUCACCCGCUGCAUCCACCUCCACCUGUUUUCAGCCCUCCAAAACAAACAUGAAUGAACUCGCUGCACUAAUGUUCAUGACAUCAACGUUAAAUUGAUCAGUUUAUAAACAGUCUCCUAAAGACAGACUGUCAUGUUAUUCCAUGUAUGUUGACAGUUAUAAAGAUAGUCGUUUAGCUUAGUCUUGCUCAUCAAGUCAUCUGCCCUGCUGGACACGCUGUGUCAUGACACCAGAGAUAUCGGUGUGGUCCUGUUUAGAUCUGAUUGGAGUCAGAUGGUGUUUUCAUUGCUUUUCAGUGCUAACUUCAUGCUGUGUUACUGGAAAACAAAGAAAUAACCUCCAAAAUCUGUAAGUAUCCAUAUUGGCCAAUAUUGGUUAAUGCCUGAAAAACUGAUGAACCAGUCUCCUGGCUGAUAUCCGUCCGCUGAGUCAGGUCAGCCUCCAAAUUCAAUGAUUUCAAAACUGAGUGUGGCCCUGAAAGGUCAAACAGCUGCAAGUAGAAAAGUACUCCAAAAACACACAAAGUACAAUAAAAGAAAAAGAAAAAAAAACUCACAAAAAGUUAUUUUUUAGCAGUGUUUUCUUCAAUUUCCUUUCUGUUUUGUGUACUUGUUCCAUUUGUUAAUGUUUUCUUAUGUUGCAGUGUAUUUGACCUUUGAGCGCCACCAUUUAAAUUAAAAAAAAAAAAGUUCUAUGGAGAGCUGACGAGGUUUUAAAACCAGUCAUUAUUUACCCCUAUUGAAGCUCUUUUGAUGCCCGAGACCAAAAAAGGACAUUACAGCAGAAGAAGAAGAAAAGUAUUCGAACAACAUCGAUACGACCCAGAUUACUGUCAUAAACAGAAAAAUAAAGUUGUUCGGCUUUCCGAGAUUGCUGCCGGACCUUUAACGUCUAAAGUUUCAGUGUGUGUUUCGUUAUAAUUGUACUCAGAUACUUCUGUGAUGGGCCAAUAUUAGUCAUAUUGAUCAAAUUGGAAUUCUUCCACAGAAAACACCUUUAUAAAGCUGAUUUACAUUGUUUACGUUCUUUGUCGAUCGCCAGGAGGGAAGUGCUCUCUAUCAUCUAUGAAUAAAACAGGAAGUCACACUGUCAGGCAGAUUUAACAGGCUUUAAUCUACCUGGAUGUUUCACAGUGACGCCAUAUAGAGACUGAUGUUUGCCACAGACCGGGAUUGUGAAGGUUUUUGGUUGUUGUUUUUUUUUUUUUAGGUUGUGUUCAUUUCAGUGAUUCUCCUUGCAUGUGUGUCUUUGUAUUACUGACGUAAAAAGCAUCCGUUUGAUCCAAAGACAUUCAACAUCAAAUUAAUGUAAUACUUAAUGUAUUAAUUAAGUAUCAGAUAUGUGAUACAUGUGAGAACAAUCGGCCACCACAUGGAGCUGUCACAGUUAUGAUUAUUAUUAGUAGUAGUAUUAUUAAUAAUCGUUAUUAUUAUUAUUUAUUACCAAUGGAGGAGCUCCAGCAAAUUUAAGACUUACUAAAUCUGAUGGCAUGGAUCUCUGCAGAAGAUUAGCAGCUUCUAAAGGAGGUCAUUGUACAUUAUGCAGUUUGUUUUUCUCUGUUUUUAUUUGAAGAAAUUACUGUUGAAGGAAAAUAAGCACUUACAACUAGGCUGUUAUUUAUUAUUGAUUAAAAAAAACAAAGUGAAGUUUAUUUAUGUUUUUGACAACAAAAUAUUCAAAAGAAAUGU